AUGACAAGUAAAGUAUUAGAAGUACUUCCUGGUUUGUAUUGGGUAGGUGUAAUGGAUUAUGAACUAAAGAAAUAUGAUGUGUUAUAUCCUGCACCUUAUGGGUCUACUUAUAAUUCAUACCUUCUUAAAACUCAAAAAGGAAAUGUUUUGUUUGAAACAGUUAAGCAAGAAUUUGCAAAUGAAUGUUUAGAUAAAAUAGAACAAGUUAUUGGUAAAGAAGAUCGUAUUGAUUAUAUCAUAGUGGACCAUAGUGAACCUGAUCACAGUGGUUCAUUAAGUCCUAUACUUAAAAGAUAUCCUAAUGCAACAGUAGUGGCUUCUACUGCUGCUCUAAAUAAUCUACAAUUUAUUGGUCACAUUAGAGAUGAUAUAAAAACAAUUAAUACUGUCAAAACUAAACAACUAAAUCUGGGAGAUAUUCAUCUUAAGUUUAUUUAUCAGCCGUUUUUACAUUGGCCUGACACAAUGAUCACGUUAAUAGAAGAAAUGAAUGUUUUAGUUACAUGUGAUAUGUUUAGUACUCAUUUUGCUGAUGAACGAAUGUUUGACGAUUUAAUUAUUGAUAGAAAAGAUCAAUAUCUUCAGAUAAGUUAUGACUAUUUCAACUCAGUCUUUGGUCCUUUUAAAAGAUUUGUUUUAAAAGGUAUUCAAAUGCUUGAACAUCAACCUGGAUUCGAUUUAAAAAAUUGUAAAGCUAUUUGUUGUAGUCAUGGUCCAAUACUUCGUGGUUAUAUACGAGAACGUGUUGACCUUUGGCGUCAAUGGGCUCAACCCCCGUCAUUAAAAAAUAAAGUUGUCAUUGCUUAUGGAUCAGUUUAUGGAUACACAGAAACUAUGGCAAAUACAAUUGCAUCUGGAAUUAAAUCUGUUGGUAUUGAGGUAUCAAUGCACAAUAUUGAAAAUACUAGUAGUGAAGAAGUCUUAAAAGAUUUCGAUAAUUGUAAAGGUUUAUUACUUGGGACUCCAACAAUUGUUGGAGAUGCUCUUCCCUCAAUACUAACAAUAGCCUGUAACUUAAAUCCUUAUCUUCAUUGUCAAAGGUUUAUUCAAUGCUUUGGGUCACAUGGAUGGAGUGGAGAAGGUGUUGGGAAUCUUUCAGCAAGACUUCGACAGUUAAAAGCAAAACAACCAGUUGAGCCAUUGUCCUGUCGUCUCCAGCCAGGACAGGAAAAAUUAGAAGAGUGUUUUGAGUGGGGAAAAAAAUUUGGAUUGGCAAUAAAAGAAGAAGAUGAAGAAAAUUAA